AGGCAACACUGAAUGUACUGUCAAAAUUCAGUUCGGUCGGUGUUUGUUCUCUAAAAUUUUUUUGAAAUCAAUUAAUAUUCCGCAGUAUUUUUCAAAUUUAUUGUUAAACCUUGUCUCUUAUUGAUGAUGAAGUAGUCUCAAUUUGGAAAUUACUAGUACAACUAGAGAAAUGACUUUGAAUGGACGUAAAAUCAGUUCAUAAAUGUGUUUGAGGUUAUGUUGAUAGACAGACGUUCUAAAACUAAAACAAAUUAGGCCUAUAUCUCAGUAAAUUACAAGUUUUCAGCUUCCUAAGGUAUAAAUAACUGCCAAAAUGAACGUGAUAUUUGCAGUAAAAUCCUAUAUUACCAAAAUGGCUGAGGAGAGUGGACCAGGGAUGAAAGUACUACUAAUGGACAAACAGACGACAAGUAUUGUCAGCAUAGUCUACAGCCAAUCAGAAAUACUCCAGAAAGAAGUGUUUUUGUUUGAGAGAAUUGAGUCGGGAGCCAACUUGGAGACAAUGAAACAUUUGAAGUGCAUUGCUUUUCUAAGACCCACCAAAGAAAAUGUUGCCUUGAUGUCCAAAGAACUCAGGAACCCCAAGUACGGUGUGUACUACAUCUACUUCAGUAACAUCAUUUCAAAGGCUGACAUUAAGGUUCUAGCCGAAUCCGACGAGCUAGAAGUGGUAAGAGAGGUGCAAGAGUUUUACGGCGACUACCUGGCGGUGAGCGCUCAUCUGUUCAGUUUGAAUUUGGCGCCUUGCGCAGAAGCUGUGCGCAGUGGUAGCAGUGGUGCCAACCUGCGUCACUCGGACGCGCUGCAGUGGCUGCCCGAUCAGCUGACUCGCACCGUACAGGGUGUGGUGGCAGUACUGUUGUCGUUGAAGAAGAAUCCUUUCAUCAGGUACCAAGGUUCGUCAGACCUGGCCAAAAAGCUGGCAGAGAAAGUGAGAGAGGUGCUGUCUAAAGAAGAGUCCUUGUUUAACUUUCGCCAACAAGAGGCUUCAAUGCUUCUCAUCUUGGAUAGGAGGGAUGAUCCCAUCACACCACUACUUAGUCAGUGGACAUACCAAGCCAUGGUACAUGAGCUGCUAACCAUCACCCAUAACCGUGUGUCACUGGCUCACGUUCCCGGCAUCUCCAAAGAACUCCAUGACGUGGUCCUGUCAUCUGAACAGGACGAGUUCUAUGCGGCGAAUCUUUGGCGAAAUUAUGGUGAAAUAGGACAAACAGUAAAAGCACUGAUGGAUGAAUUCCAGCAGAGAGCGCAAAGUCAGCAAAAAGUGGAAAGUAUUGCUGAUAUGAAGCAGUUUGUCGAAAAUUAUCCACAGUUCAAGAAAAUGUCAGGUACCGUCUCAAAGCAUAUAGCAGUGAUAGGAGAACUAUCGUCACUUGUUACCAAGAGAAAUUUGUUGGAAGUAUCAGAAAUGGAGCAAGAACUAGCAUGUCAAGAUCAGCAUUCGGCUCAGUUACAGCGCAUUCGCCAGAUAAUUGGCAACGGUAAGGUGAGAGACGAGGAGGCUUGUAAGUUGGUAAUGCUGUAUGCACUACGUUAUAGAAAUCACCAGAACAACGAUAUAACAGGCCUAAUAGAUGCGCUCAAGAAACGAGGCUUGUCGGAAACUAAAACUAGUAUGAUCCACCACAUCCUUGAGUACGGUAACCUCAAGGAUACCUCGACGCGAGGGGAGUUAGUUUCUCAGGAAGCUGUGGUUAAGAUCACAAAACGCUUGUUCAAGGACCUGAAAGGUGUGGAAAACGUGUACACCCAACAUGUUCCAGUCCUUAAGGAGACCUUGGAGGACCUCAUUAAGGGCCGAUUGAAAGAGAGUUCCUUCCCUAUGUUGGGAAAGAGUCCCCCUAAAAGGGUGCAAGACAUCAUUGUUCUUGUGGUAGGAGGGGUGACCUACGAGGAGUCGCUAGUAGUUCAGCAGAUGAACGACAGUUCAGCCAUCCCAGUGCGCAUAGUUCUCGGGGGAACCACCGUUCACAACUCACAAUCGUUCCUCAGCGAAGUGAUGGAGACAACUAGGGGGAUGACUCCUAGUAGGGGGACCAGGAUGCGUUGAGCAGGAGCAGGAUGAGGAGGAAGG